AUGCACGAGCGGCCGGAGCACAUAGUCCACCCCGCGCAUGCGGCGCUCGACGCGCUCGACGUCUUCGAUACGGUGCAGGACAUCAAGGACCCGGAGCACCCCUACUCACUGGAGCAGAUACGGUGUGUGCUCUCCCAGGAGUCUGCCUCCGUCUCCCAGAUAACCUUCACCCCGACUGUGCAGCACUGCAGUAUGGCUACGGUGAUUGGCCUGUGCCUCAGGCUUAAGUUGAUGCAAAACCCGCUGGAUACAGGCAUGUGGACACAGCCACGGCCACAGCUCUACGGCAACCAAGACGGCGACAGCGUCGACGGGAUCCUCAGACGACCUGCGUCCUUCCCCGACCACGCCCACGACCUGCAUCCAGCUGCUCCUGCCCCGGCCCUCCUCAACUUCGCUCCUGUUGAGCUGCUAUAG